CUGGAGGGAGAGGGAGGACACAUAAACCAGACACGGGGGCAGUGGGGCGGCCGCGGACGCUGCGCGGGACAGCGGCAGUUGACUGACAGCGGGGACAUGCGCCCUCGGCGCCGAUGACAGCGGCCCGAUCGGAGGAGCGCAGGUGGAGCCCCGUGCGCCUGCAGCGGCAGGUCCCCUGAUCAGUGCGGCCACCAGGUGCUCCUCGCGCUGCACGGUCACGUCCCACGCGUGGAUAUGUACCAGGGCUUAGCGAUGGCGACGAACCACGGACCUCCGUCUUACGAGCCGCCUUUCCUGCACAACUCGAGCGCUACCUCGCCCGUGUACGUGCCCACGACCCGGGUCGCACCCAUGAUCCCAGCGCUGCCUUACCUCCAGACGCACGCGUCGUCCCAGCAGGGCGGCCCGGUGUCGGGCCAUGCCGCGUGGGCGCAGCCCGGCGCCGAGCCCGUGCCCGCGUACAACGGCGGGAGCGCGCACCACUCUCCCGUGUCGCCCCGCUUCGCCUUCUCCACGAGCCCCCCUCUGAGCUCCGGGGUGGCGGCGGUGGCGGUGGCGGCGGCGGCGGCCCGGGACACCACGAGCUACAGCAGCGCUCUCAACAUCUCGGCCGGCGGCGGCGGCAGGGAGCCCUACGGCACGAGGCCGAUGGGCGGCUCCUAUCAUCACAGCCCGUACCCGGCCUACGUGGGCUCCGGCGUGGGCGGAACGUGGCCCUCGUCCCCCUUUGAGAGCUCGGUCCUCCACAACCUGCAGUCCGGGGGACCCGCGAGCGCCAGCCGGCACCCCAACAUCGAGCUCUUUGACGACUUUGCGGAGGGACGGGAAUGCGUGAACUGCGGAGCCAUGUCCACGCCCCUGUGGCGCCGGGACGGGACGGGACACUACUUGUGCAAUGCCUGCGGCCUCUACCACAAGAUGAACGGAAUAAACCGGCCCCUGAUCAAGCCCCAGAGGCGCCUGAGUGCCUCCAGGAGGGUGGGCCUGUCCUGCACCAACUGCCACACGACCACAACGACGCUGUGGAGGCGCAAUGCUGAUGGGGAGCCUGUGUGCAAUGCCUGCGGGCUCUACAUGAAGCUGCAUGGGGUUCCUCGGCCCUUGGCCAUGAAGAAAGAGGGGAUUCAGACUCGCAAACGCAAGCCCAAAAAUCUAAACAAAUCCAAACCCGGGACUCCUGGGGCAGACAGUCACACCCCCACGACCCCUCCGAACACCAGCAGCAGCACAGAGGAGCAGCGGCCAGUCAAGACGGAGCCAGAUAACACAGCCCUGUACUCACACCACGGUGCACAGCCUCAGGUGCCACUUGUUCCUGGAUACAGGAGUGUCCACAAUGGUAGUACCUUCUUGAAGCUGUCGCCCGGGGGACCCCCUGGGCCCUCCAGCUCCAAGAACGAGCCCUGGAACAGCCUCAUCCUGGCAUAAGGCUUCCGAGAGUACUCCCUGGAUUACCACGGCCGUGGACCUUCUUCGGUGGGACACGUUAGCCUGGACACGCGAUCGGAGCCUGAAGAGGCUGUGUUCUCCACAGCAGCAACGAGCAGCUAACAAACCCGUUAGCUUGUAUGUUCUCCUCUCCUUGUCUCUCGUCUUAUUUCUGCUCAAUAGAUCUCUCUACCUUUUCGCUUCGUCUUGUCCAGUGUUUUAAAGCGCGUGAUGGUAAAAACCGAGUGCUGUGGGAAAAGUCAACAAGGUUUCAGCCGACACCAUCAAGGACUCCCAUUCCUCGCCUUGAACCUGAACAGAUACCGAGUCACAUCGCGAGAUGUCGGCCAGAAGGAUGUGCUGCCGGAGGAGCGUCAUCUUUUCGAACGGAGAGCUAUAGAAGGUGCGUCACAAGGAAUCACACACACAACACUGUACUGAAGCACCUGCAUGAGACCAGAAGCCUUAACCAUUUGCAGCACUCCUUGGAGAAAAGCCGGACGUGGGAAUCACUUCAUUCGCCGUGUAUAUCGAAGCUCCCUGUACAUUCUAUGUACCAUCCUGACACUUUCACGACUGGGAUCUGAACGUUGUUCACAUGACAUGAAGGUCCGAAAGAUUCCACGAAGAAGGCCGCUUGCCACUUACGGUCAUGUCCGUAACUGUAACCUUAUUUCCUUGUUCUACAUGGCAGUGUUACAACUUUAGAGCAGAAUGUCAAAUAUAUAUAUAUGUAUGUAUACAUAUAUAUAUGUAGUGCAUACUGUAUAUUUCACAAUAUCCCCAUAUUUCAGUGCUUUAGAGUUAACACUGUGCCAGCGAAGAGUUGCUCUCGAUAAGGUUACAUCAAAAAGCCUCCUUUAAACUGAAUAACCCAGUUAUUUUUUUGUGUUUCUCAUCCUCGCAGAUGCUAUUUCAAUUCUAUAUUUUAGAAUGGUUUCUUUGUAGUAUUUAUUUUGAUUUAAAAUGUACCUUGUUCUUAAAUUUGUACUUGUAUCUUGUAUGAAUGGAGUACUUGGUGUACUAUGUGAAAACAUUCUAAAAGAAAUAACACUCAUCAUAACCGUUGAACUGAAGGUUUUGCUUAUUUAAAGGGGAGCCUCUGCUUGGAGAGAAUUGUAGCUCAUGGUUAGUAUGGUUAUGCAUGGGAGUGCCUGGGCUGUGGGUGCAAAUCCAAUUCUUUCAUUGCUCUGGUUUCCUCCCACAGUUUAAAGAAAUGUGUACUGGCGACUCUAUAUAUUACCCUCUGUGUGUAUUUGAGAGCGAAAGAGUGUGUGCGACUGCCCCGUGACAGACCGGAGUCCUCUCCAGGGUGCAUCCAACCUCAUUCCCUAUAUGCUUCCAGGAUAGCCUCUGGACCUCUGUGACCCAACAUUGGAUGAGCGGCUAUUGAUAAUGGAUAGAUACAGUAUAUGUAAAUCUUUCAUAUACACUCCAUCAUUAUAAAUAGUAUAUAAUGUAUAGCUUAUCGCCUCAUGAAGGAAAAAGGCAGCAAUGGAACAUGCUCACAUGACUGUUGGAGAAGCCUUACUGUCUGUCUUUUUUGUGUCCUGCACCAGCAUGAGAAGGUAACAAAGGUAAAUAAAAAAAGAAUUUGGAUCAACUAAAAAAACCAAGUUACACUCAUGCAUUAUUUUUGCAGAACAGAAACCAACUAAACUGGGUCACAGCAACAGAGCAACAGAAAGAGAAGAAUAUAGCAGUGAGAAACUGCAAAUACACCCAGUCCUCACAUAAUGUGGUUAUCUUGUUCUGUGAAAUCAUCACUUUAAGCAAAUUCUCUUUGACAAGAGGUUGAAUUACCAUUAUUUUUUAUGGAGAAAAUGGGUUCUGGAUGAAAAGUCCCACCUAAGGUGAAAUAAAAAUCCAAAAUAAAAAGUAUUUUUGUUCAUGACAGCGAUAACGCCAACAUAUUUUAUUUGUACCACUAAUGAUUAGGUUUAGUUUAACACUUUUAUGAAUUCCGUCAUUAUCAAUAACCCCUUCUGCAAUGCAGGGUCACGAAGGUCGAGGAAAAAUGUUCCCUGUAAGCUGUGUGUCUCAGUUCCUGUUUUUAGGACAGGCUCUGGAAUAGAGAUAAAUAAGUAAGUAAAUAACAAGGAAAAUAAACUAAUUAAAGUAUUAAAGCAUUUUAAAAAUGUAUUAUACUUUCAUUUGAGGUUUUUAAAGAACCUAGCCCAUGAAUAAAUCAAGGACUGUGUUAUUAAGCUUUUAUUGAUAGUUAUAUACUGGUUUUACAAACAACUUGAAUUACAAACAGACUUCUGGUCCAAAAUGUGUUUGUAAACUGAUGAAUGCAGGUGGUCCCGGACUUAAAAUGUGGUUACGUUCCGCGAAACCCAUUGUAAGUCGAAAAUGUAUUUAAUAUAACUAUUACACACCUCUGC